UCGCAAAACACCCACUCGAGAGAGAGAGAGAGAGAGAAUAAUCAAAGAUCUCACAUUCCCGGGAACUUUCGCCGUCGAAACGUACCAAGUCGUCACUGAGGGAGACUCCAUUACCGCUGCUCGACUAUAUAAUCCCCUAGGCUUCGAUUAUAUCUCCUUAUCCUCCCUUUCUCCAGUCAUCGAAUCAGAAUCAUCCCAUCUUUCUACAAUCCGGCCGUAUUCGAAAAUCGCUUCCUAAUUUCCCCGGCUUGGGGAUGAGACCUUACUUCCUUCCCUACUCCGCUGAGAGAGAAUAGAGCACCAAAGGAGGUCUGAUUCAGCUAUGAGCAGCCAGAAGCAGGCGGUGUCAGUUCGGGACCUGGUAGAGGAAGCCAAGAAGCGGAUCGUGAUACUGGUGAUAUGCGUCGUCGGACUCUCAUACCUCCUCUCUCUGACGAGUUCAUCGGUUUGGGUCAACCUCCCUGCUGCUGCGUGCUUGAUCAUCCUCCUUCGUUACUUCUCAUUCGACGUCGAAUUGAAAAGAAAGGCUGCAGCUUACAACAGCAAACCUUCUUCACUGAGUGGACCGUCUCUAAGUAAGCCUCCAGAGCUUCCUAAAGCAGCUCCACGGUCUGACUGGAGAAGUAAAGUUAACUCACAGGUUGUUGAGGAUGCAUUGGAUCGCUUCACUCGUCACCUCGUUUCGGAAUGGGUGCUUGAUCUCUGGUACUCCCGCAUAACACCGGAUAAGCAAGGUCCUGAGGAGCUGGUGUUUAUUAUUAACCAUGUUCUUGGAGAACUUUCGCGGCGGUUUAGGAACGUUAAUCUCAUUGAUCUGUUGACAAGGGAUAUAAUUGAUAUUAUAUGUCGUCAUGUGGAGCUUUUCCGUGAGUGUCAAGCAAAGAUUGAGAGAAAAGGAAGAAGAAGCCUCAGUUUCGAAGAGAGAGACUCAGAACUAAGACAUGUGAUGGCCACAAAUGAUAAAUUGCACCCUGCAUUAUUCUCCCUUGAAUCUGAGCAUAAGGUUUUGCAGCAUAUAAUGGACAGACUCAUUUCACUAACGUUUAGGCCAGAGGAUAUGCACUGUGCUUUUUUCCAUUAUACCGUGAGGGAGCUUCUUGCUUGCUGUGUGAUGCGACCAGUCCUAAAUUUAGCCAAUCCUCGGUUCAUUAAUGAGAGGAUUGAAGCUGCUGUGAUAUCAAGGACAAAGACUAAAGGCGGAUCUAGUGCUGCAAAAGAGACUUCUCAAUCUGAAGAUCUCUCGGAAGUUUCUCAUGAUCACUUUUCUAGAUAUCUGGACCCCUCUGUCACAGGUGUUGAGCUUGUGCAACUGAAAAAUGAACAGCAGAAAAGGAAAAAUGCUACAGAUAAACAGCAUGUAGCAGAUUUGGCCAAAGAUCCAUUGCUUUCAAUGGACACUCGAUCUUCCCGAUCGUGGGAGUCCCUCCCCUUAACUUCCAAAAUAGUUGAUGAUAGUAAAUAUCUUCAAGGGCAUCGAGGAGGAGAGGGAUGGGGUGACGUAUUAGAGAAGAUGUCACAAAGGAAAACUGAGACCCUUUCUCCAGAGCAUCUUGAAAGCGUGUGGGCAAAAGGAAGAAAUUAUAAAAAGAAGGAAGGUGAGAGGGUGCCCCCGAGACUUUCUAUCAAGGAAUCGUGCAACGAUGGUGAUAAUGCACGGCCUAAAAACUUCAAUGAAAACACUGUGAAUGCAAGAGGAUCCAGUCAGCCUAAGGUAGUAGAGAGUCACUUAUCAAGUUAUUCCUCUGCUGAAGAGGACGAGGAAACAAACAGUAGUCAUUCUUCUACAUCUGAGGACGAGGAAACGGUAACAGGUCUAAACAGUCCUGGGACUCGAGUCUGGGAUGGUCGAACUAACAAAAAUCCUAGUGUGUCACGGAUACACCAUCCACUUGAAAAUUCUGGUCGUCGUUUCAAACAGACCAGUAAAGGGCAUGAACGUUAUGAGAAAGCAUCCAGGCAUCGGUCUAGCAGGAAGAGAUCCAAACGUUCUGGACUCAUUCAAGGCGAUGAUGAUAGCGAUGAUUCUGAACAUGAUUCUUUGGCGAGAUCAUAUAGUGGAAUCUCUGCAACAUCGUCUGCAUCAUACAAUUCAGUGGCGGAGAGUGACCUUCCCAGUGCCCCUAGAAGUUCAUUGUUGGUUGAUUCCUUUGCCAAAUUGAGAUGUGAGGUUACGGGUGCCAAUAUUGUGAAGAGUAGUUCUAAGAUGUUUGCCGUGUAUUCAAUUUCCGUCACAGAUGAUAGUAAUCAUAGCUGGUCUAUCAAAAGAAGAUUUCGACAUUUUGAAGAGCUUCACCAGCGGCUUAAAGUGUUUCCCGAGUACAAUCUUUAUUUACCGCCGAAGCAUUUCCUAUCAACAGGCGUGGAUAUACCUGUUAUACACGAGCGAUGUGUACUGCUUGAUACCUAUCUCAAGAAGCUUUUGCAACUACCAAGAAUUUCAGGAUCAAUUGAAGUGUGGGACUUCCUUAGUGUGGAUUCCCAGACUUAUGCCUUCUCAAGUUCUUUCUCUAUCAUUGAGACGCUCACGGUUAAACCUGCCCGUAAGACAUCUACAGUUUCUACAAGUAUAGCCAAUAUGACCGAGGCGGCGCCAGCUCCUCUUCCUUCGAGAGAAAAUCUGAGUUCAGAGAAUGGGAAAUCGGGUCAACAUGUGAGGAAUAACGUUAUGGUGGAUGAUCUGAAGUCAAAAGUGAAAGCUCCUGGAAAUGAUCAUACGAAGACGUCUGAUGCAGAUGUAAGAAAUAGCAAAGAGAACGGCGGGCUUAAAGUGGGUAAUCAAGCUGAUGCAAUGGCCUUACCCGGCCUGCCCACAGAGUGGGUUCCUCCAAAGCUAACAUUGCCCCUACUAGACUUGGUAGAUGUUGUCUUACAGCUCCAGGAGGGUGGGUGGAUCAGGCGGAAAGCUUUUUGGGUUGCCAAACAGAUACUUCAACUUGGGAUGGGCGAUGCAUUAGACGAUUGGGUACUCGAGAAAAUUCGUCUUUUGCGGCGGGGAACUGUAGUUGCUUCUGGAAUUCAGCGGGUUGAACAGAUACUAUGGCCGGAUGGGAUAUUUAUGACAAAACAUCCAAAAAGGAAGCAACAAUCCAGUACUUCUGACGAGGAGCAGCAACAAGAAGCAGAGAGACGAGCCAAGUUUGUUCAUGAAUUAAUGAUUGAAAAAGCCCCAGCGACUAUAGUGAGCCUUGUGGGUCAAAACGAGUAUAAACAAUGUGCGGAAGACCUCUACUUCUUCCUUCAGUCAUCAGUGUGUCUAAAGCAAUUAGCAUUUGACCUCCUGGAGCUGUUGCUACUCUCUGCGUUUCCGGAAAUGGAGAAGGCUUUCAAACAGUUGCGUGACGAAAAACACAUCUUUGGUCAAUACACACCAAACUGAUACCUAGAUUCUGCUUUGUAACUCCUCUGUAUAUUACGUGGAGUUUUGCUAGAUUUGUGUAAACAGUAAGCAUUUCAAUGAAUCAA